CAGCGGGAGAGAGAGAGAGAGAGAGAGAGAGAGAGAGAGAGAGAGAGAGAGAGCGCAGUAAUGGAGAAAGGUGAAAGCCCCGAGUCAUGAGUCUGCUGUAAAACACUCACAUGUUCAGUGUGUGUGACUGUAUGGAGGAUCUCUAAUGAGGGCCGCAUGGAUGCACAACACACACACGCUCUUCCUCAUCUCCUGUCUCCUGCUCUACACUCAGUCGGUCAGUGUUCAUCUGGAGCAGACCUCGGUGACCGCACCGCUUCAGGGAUCUGCUCUGUUCUCGGUGUCCGUCUCGGGGUCUGCAGUGGUCAGAUGGAGCUUCAGUUCAGCCCAGCUCCAGCAUCUCCCGGUGGCCGUCUGGAUCCUCGGCGGAGCUGCAAACGUCUCUCAGAUGUACGCGGGUCGAGUGCAGACACACCGCAACGGAUCCCUGACGCUGACCCGACUGCGUCUGCAGGACUCCGGAUGCUACAGACUCACUGUGACGGAGGAGAACGGUGGAUCCAGAGACGCGGAGCUGAUGCUAAGCGUCAGAGAGGUGCUGUAUGAGGACACACAGUUCCUGCUAGUGUUUGUGCUGGUGUUGGGGACUCUGGCGGUUCUUCUGAUGCUGUGUGUGUGGCUCCUGAACAAACUCCACAGCUUCAUCACAGCCUGGAGGAGCAGCAGGUGCUCAGCAGAGCACAGCGAGACGGAGCUGCAGCCGCUGUGAGGAACAGCAGAGUCAGAGUCAGAACAGCCGAGUCACUUGCUGUCUUCAAGAAACGACUAAAAACGCAACUGUUUAGUCUCCACUUUCCUUCCUAAUCUGCAAUUGCCUCUCUGGCUAUACCACUAACUGUGCCCCCCCCCCCUCUCUCUCUCUCUCUCAAAAAAAAAAAAAACAUUUUUUACUAAUGCUUUGCUUCUUAGGCUUUACACACCUGAAACUUGUCUAUAGCGCUUGUUCACUGCUGCUCUUAUAGUUGUGUAAAUUGCUUCCUUGUCCUCAUUUGUAAGUCGCUUUGGAUAAAAGCGUCUGCUAAAUGACUAAAUGUAAAUGUGAGGAGUGUGUGAUACUGCCCAGAGUGUGUGUCAGAGACAGGAUGAAGUGAUCAGACUGAGCUGAAGCACAUGAAACAUCUUCUUGUGUAGAUGUUGUGAACACUGUAAAUGUGUUUCCUCUAAUCAUUUAUUCUGCUGAUGCUCAUAUUACAUGUGUGUGUCGGGGAGCAAUAUUAGCAGCGGGUAUUCCAGAAAGCUGGGUUAACCGACCAUCAGCUAAACCCUGAACUCUCGGUUAAUUAACCCAAAACCUGCUUACCGCGAGUAUGUCGGUUCCAGAACAGCUGGUAAGAGUUUGUUAAAAUCUACUAGUGAUGUGACGUUGUGCGCAGAGGCUUCGAAGCAUGUAUAAAAAACACGAUCCAUCUCGCGGUGAAGCAGCGUACCGGAGCGUGAUUCGUUGAUCAGUGACGUCUGAAGCUUCAUUUUCGCCUAUACCCACGUGACUGCUUCGAAUUUUGAUUCAAAGGUUUAAACACCCCCAUGGGUUAGUAAAGUGUAGUGAGACAUUAGGCGUCGAUUACAUACAUUUCUACUGUUUCAAAGCACUGCACCGGUCCCACACCAGAAAUUAAACUAAAAUACAACAGUAAUUUAUAGUAAAAACGUUGAAGCAUACUAAAGUGUAUUAGCGUAUUGUUUUACAACUAUAUUUAAAGAAAACCACUGCAUAUCGUAGUAGAGUGGUUAACGGAGACCAGCUGGCGAGCACAGGCCGAAAACUUCACUCACACAGCCUCCUCAGAGCAUUCGCCUCCCAUGCAGGAGACGCUGGUUCGAUCCACGCUUGGAACGAGUGAGUGAAGGACUAGUUGGAAUAAGAUGUAAAUGCUUUUGAAUACCUUGUAUUUUACUACAGUAAUCAAUUGUGUAAUGUAAUAUACCUUGUGUAAAAACUACAGUACUUUAGUUACUUGUUUAUAUUACUGUUGUUGUAUUACAUGAAUGAGUUGGUCAGUUGUAAACAUUUGACAUUAUUACAACACAGUGCUUUCCCACACUCUAACCAGCAGAGGUCCUCAUCCAGCUCUGAUUUAGAAAGCUUCCAGUAAUGAACCUUUUUCAAUACAGUUGAAUCGAGCGCUA